GUUGUGUAAUGAGAGCACACCUAUAGCUGGCAUACCUGUCCACUGAUCGCAUAUAUAGAGUAGUGUUUGAGAGCCACUUGUUGUCAGACAUCACUUGAUUGCCAUUGAAUCGACGAGUUGUGAGCCAUAAACAGAGUUACAGUGAUUAUAGCCAUAGUAUAGGCAUUAAAAUGAAUGCACAACCAGUCAUCAAAAUGGAUGCCUCACCACUUCAUCCUCAGUAUUAUCCAUCGGACAGUCACCCCAUGUGGAUGUGCCCACCCAUCAAACGCGAGAUGUGUGAGCCCGUGGAUCAGCUGGACUACGGCUGUGGCCAUCCCAUGACUCGUGUCAAGCAAGAGCCUGAGCCCGACCUCGGCUACGGCUCCUACCACUGCGAGCAGGACUGGGGUCAGAGGUCGAGCGGCACCGGUGGCCUGUCAUUCACACAGAUCCAGAACCUGGCGCUCAGGGAAUGUGCCAAAGAAAUAGACUACGCGUGCGAUGUCCUCAACAUCUCUGCCGGUAAUUGUCUUUCAUUU